UACUGGGAGAGCUACUGCAAGCCACCCCUAGGAGGGACCUCCGGGAGGCUAGAACCUGACGUAGUCUUUCUUAUUGCUAACAUAAUUUAUGACGCAUUGAGAUAGGAAACCUAAUCAUCGACGCAAUGGACGCAGGGAACGUCUUGAUUUCAUUCGAAAAAUGUAUGACGUCACCACCGUUCUACCACGUUCUCGAGUUCCACGACAAAGAGCUUCCUCAUCUAAGGUACAGCUGAGAUCAGUACAAGUAGCACUCUCGCCCCCAGUUUUCUCCCCAAAUUCUCUCAACAAAACAUACACAAGUUUCUUCAGAAAAGAAGCAGCUAACUCAAAACCAUCUUACCAAAUCCACAUUACAAAAACCACCAAUUUCAUCAUGUCAGCUAAAGUAGAAGUUGUUCCAGAGGGAGACUACAGAGACGACAGUUACGUCUCCGGCUCCGGCGAUAAGGAUGAGCCAGUGCAAGUACAGAGUGACGACGCUCCUGUCGAAGGUGAGUGGCUUUCAUUCAUGCUCCGUGAUGUUUGACCUGAGCUGAUAACGAUGUAUAGAAACCGCGGAAGACAGGGUCGGUAUUGAUGAGAGCAAUAUCGUAGAUGAAAAAACCAGACAUGCUAAGCCGGUCGACACUUACCGAGAGCCUGGCGAUGAGGAGGGUCUGCCUGAGAAUAGCGGAAGAAGCGCAGUCGCUCAGUAAACUGGAACGAGUGCAAUCAUGAUGUCCCUUGGAGGAGGGAAGGAUCGAUGUAAUGGAGGGAGCGAAAAAUUUGUUGUAAUUGUAGGAUAUCAUGGCAAUGAAACAAAAGCUCCGAUGAAAGCUUUCUCCAGCGUA